UUAUCAUGGGUAUAAAUAAAGUCUCUCUGUCGCUACAACGUCCCUGGAUACUCAGAGAUUCAAACUUCUUCCCUCUAAAGCCACACGACAUACUCCAGAAGUCCAACCAUGUCUUUCAUCCAAGCCUUCAUGCAGCAGACAGUCUAUAUGGGCAUGCCUGAUGACUCAGUCCUGAAGAAGGAGGGAACCGUGACUGCAGCACCCAAUUUCAAUGCCAGUGGAGAUGCAGCAAUCUUGGAUAAGGCCAUCAAGACAAAAGGUGUGGAUGAGAACACCAUAAUUGAAAUCCUGGUGAAAAGAAGCAACGAGCAGAGACAGCAGAUCAAAGAGGCUUACCAGCGAGCCAGCAGCAAGUCUCUGGAAUCAGCACUGAAGAGUGCUCUGAAGGGAGAUCUGGAGGAGGUGGUGUUGGCUCUCCUUAAAACACCGGCCCAGUACGAUGCCCACCAGCUGAAAAUGGCAAUGAAGGGCCUUGGCACAGAGGAGGAUGUCCUUAUAGAGAUUUUGGCUUCCAGAACCAACCCGGAGAUCCUGGAUAUAAAGGAAGCCUACAAAGAAGAUUACAAGAAGGACCUGGAGGCUGAUAUCAAGGGUGACACUAGUGGAGAUUUCAGGGUUGCACUUCUUGAACUCUGCAAGGCCACCAGGACUGAUGGAGUUUGUGAUCAGAUGGUUGACAGCGAUGCCAGGGCUCUGUACGAGGCCGGGGAGGGGAGGAAAGGCCACAAUUGCUCCGUCUUCAUUGAAAUCCUCGCCACCAGGAGUGCCCUUCAUCUCCGUAAAGUGUUCGAAAGAUACUCAAAGUACAGCAAAGUGGACAUGGCCAAAGCUAUCGAUCUGGAGAUGAAAGGAGAUAUUGAAACUUGCCUCACAGCAUUAGUGAAGUGUGCUGGUAGCCGGUCUGCGUUCUUUGCUGAGAAGCUCAACUUGGCCAUGAAGGGUAAAGGUACCCGCAAAAAUAUCCUGACACGCAUCAUGGUGAGCCGCUCUGAAAUAGACAUGAAACGGAUCAAGGAUGAUUACAAGAAAAACUACGGCACCACACUCUACAAGGACAUUCUGGAUGACACUAAAGGAGACUAUGAGAAGAUUCUGCUCGCUCUCUGUGGGAGUGAAAACUAAUAGCCAAUCGAUGGGAUCAAGGCUCACAACUGAAGAGCCAGCAGCCAGCACAGCUGUGGAAAAUCACCUAUAAUCUUUUGACACAUAUUGUGCCCUAGAGGCUCUUGUGGAGAACGGACAAGACUGUCUUUCAUUUUGACUGUCAAUAUAUUUAGAAGAUAUUAACAGCAAUGGGCAAAGUUUUACAUGAUAUUGGCACUCCUUCAGCAUUUUCUCUCCAAGUUAUUUCUUUUCAUUCCAACACAUGCAGUAUAGAUCUGACAGCAGUAUGCUGGACCUGUGCUUUGGGAUAGACUUAGCUUUUCACUCAUUAGAUUCUUAUAUCCGGUGUUUGAAGAGAAGCGGAAGUCAGUGAUCACAGUGCAGCUGCUAACAGAUGUAUACAGAUCACUAUGUGCCAAUCAUAUUCAGCAGCACAAGGCCUACCCUUGAAGGAGCUUGCAC